CAAACAACGCGACAAUGAGGAUGCGCAACGUCUCAGCAUGGCGGACGGCUGCCCUGCUCGUUUUGCUGUCUGGUACAGCAUAUGCCUCUCUCGGGGACAGGCUGCCAGAGUUCAAGGACUGUCUGAAGGUCUGCCAUGAAGCGAACUGCGGCGUGGAUGCCACCCCCAUACCCAUCCAUCGUAGGCUAUUACUCUGGGACUGCCCCGCCGAAUGCGACUACUCAUGCCAGCAUAUCGUGACCGACAAGCGCCUCGCACGCGACCCGCCCUACAUGCGGCCGGUCUACCAAUUUCAUGGCAAAUGGCCCUUCUACCGUUUCCUCGGCAUGCAAGAGCCCUUCAGCGUCAUCUUUUCCCUCUUCAAUUACCUGGCUCACAGCUGGGGUCAAGCACAGAUCCGCGAGAAGAUCCCGCCGUCGUACGCCAUACGGAAAUACUACAUCGCGUUCGGGUACUUUGGGAUGGCCAGUUGGAUGUUCAGCAUGAUCUUCCACACAAGAGACUAUAAUCUGACGGAGAAGCUGGACUACUUUGCAGCAGGCGCGCAGGUGCUUUACGGCAUGUACAUGGCGGCGAUUCGCAUUUUCAGGCUCGAGCGGAAAGAGCCUAUGAGGCAGAGUGUAUUAAGAGUGUGGACUACGACCUGCAUUAUUCUCUACACGUUGCACGUCACAUACCUCACGCUCUGGAAGUGGGACUACACGUACAACAUGGCCGCCAACGUCGCAGUGGGCGUUGUCCAGAACCUCUUAUGGAGCGGCUUCAGUUUCACGCAAUACAGGAAGGUCGGGAGGACGUGGGCCAUGUGGCCGGGUUUCAUCGUUGCCUGGAUCCUCGUGGCCAUGAGCAUGGAGCUGCUGGACUUUCCCCCCUGGAAAGGCAUGCUGGAUGCGCAUAGCUUGUGGCAUCUGGGUACUGUGGUUCCGACCAUAUGGUGGUACAAUUUCCUUAUCAAAGAUGCACAAGAGGAUCUUGCAGGGCCGCGCAAGGAUUGAGCUAGAGAUCGCUCUGCUGUUGUUGAUAGUAUCCAUCUCUAAUGAUACCACAUAUCCUGUUCACGCUUGCUUGCGACCAUGUUCAUCAUGCCCCUGUCGUCGCAUAUAUUCUUUCCAGAUGCAGGAAUACACCGCAGGCCGAGCGUGUCUCUAAGCAUAUGACA